GAGAGAGAGAGAGAGAGAGAGAGAGACAGAGAGACUUUUGCCCAACAUGUAAAUUGUGGCUUGGGGCUUGACUAAUAUCAGGUGCAUCAAUGAUGCCUGAGGGCCCUGCUGUUUGGACUUAGGGCCCGCCUCUUUCUGAGGCAACACCUUAGACCGAGGAACUCGGCACACAAUUAACCAUCACCCAGCGGAGCGGAGACACAAACACCUACAAACACACACACACACACACCAACAGGCGAUAUCCGUCAGAUAUACCACAUAACAUUGUUUAUGGAGACUAUCCCUGGCUGCUGAUCUUGGAGAACUUCUCUGGAGGGUAACGCAUCGGGAGAAUUCCCACCGCACCAGCCCGGCAGUGAACCCGACGAACAUGGAAGUCGCCUUGGAGCGCAAGCCCAAGAGGCCCCACUACAUUCCCCGGCCGCCAGGAAAGCCCUUCAAAUACCAGUGUUUCCAGUGUCCCUUCACCUGCAACGAGAAGUCCCAUCUCUUCAACCACAUGAAAUACAACCUGUGCAAAAACUCCAUCUCCCUGUUGUCCCAAAAGGGAGGCCAGGCGCCGCGGCAGCCCAAGCCCUUGAUCAAAGACACGCCUCCCGCCCCCGCGCCUCCCAAGGACAGCCCUCCCGCCCAGCCUAAGGCGGGACCUGGUGGUCCUGAACAACAGGAAUCCAAGGCGGACGAACUCGGCAGUGGGGAUGACAACGAGGAGGUAGACGUCGGCUGCAACAGCCCGAUCCGGAAGGACGGCCCCGAGAUCCCGACGGAGGAGAAGGAGAUUGGCGAGAACAAAGAGGCCAACGCGCCGACACGCCCAUCUGCCUUCUCGGCCGUCACGCCUAAACGAGAGAAUCCAGAGGCGCUCGCCUCGCCUGUGCAGCGGCAGCCGUCUGAGGAGCAGGCGGUGCCGCCUCACAGCAACCGCGCCUUUCCGUGGGGUCCUAUCUCAGCGCCCAUCCCCUUCAAGUCGUUCCCCUCGCCCAUUGUUCCUCAGUAUCCGUCGUACCUUCUCUCCGAGCACCCUCUGCUCUACUCCUCGUACUACCUUCCUGAGAGCCACGGCGCCGGCCCCCCCUCCUUCCACGCUGACUUCCUGGAGCAGAGGCCCCUGGUUCCGCAGGCCGUCCCCCAGACGCCCCCCUCGCUGUUCCCCCAGUACCCGUUCUGCCCGUCGCUGCACCUGGGCCACUCUCUCCACUACAACCUGUACAGAUCCCCCGAGCUCUCCGUGCCCCUACCUAGAUCCAGAUUCCUAGAUCUGUAUAACCCGGCCUUCGUGCCUAAGGGCUAUGAGCUAUACAUGCACCAGCGUGACCCUCAGGGCAAGCCCGCCGAGGAGGACGCCGGCAGCCAGGAGCGGGGGGAGGACAAGGCCCCCAGGCUGAGUCCCGCGACCGGCUGUUCAGCUUCAGGGUCGCCCGACAGGCCGAUCCCCUCCCACGACCUCCAGAGGGACGCCGAGGCUCCCCAUUACACCGUCCUGGGGGAGCAACAACCCGACGCCGACCGACCACGCCAGACAGUGAAGCCAGUGCAAACGCUGCGGGUCGAUGCGAGCAAAGAGCACACCGAACAAGGCCUUCUCCAGUCGAGGCCUCUGCAUGCAGACCAGAGAUCAAAUGAGAGCACCAGGUAUUCAUCCCAGUCCCUAUCCGGGGAAUACCACGGAUCGCCGUCUGAGCGGGAUUACGAAAAGGCUGGGCGGGAGCACAGCAUGGCGCCUCUCAACCUCUCCACGAGGGCCCAAGAGAAGGACAGCGUGCCGUGCGACGAGCGUCCCGGCAGAGCCCUCGAGGAGGAUCUGCCCCUGAACCUGAGCCUCCGACGCUCGCUCUGCGGCCACGACCGGCCCGCCGCCCCCCGGCUGAGUCCCGACACAAACUCGGACGAGGAGGAGCCCGGCGACCGUCAGAGGCAGACUGCGGCGCUGGCCCUCUGUCAGCUGGCCGGCGUCGGCGCCUCGUGUGGAAUCGCCGCCAUGAUCAACGGCUCCUCGCGCGGCGGCACCGCCGCCGCCAUGAUCAACAGCUCCGCGGGAAGCUCCUCGACAGACGCUCCACCGAAGGGCUCUCCCUGUGCGACAGCGGCGGCGGGAAAGCCCAAGGCCGUGUGCAAGCAGGCCACAAAGGACAGGGGGUUGAAGAGGAAGCACUGCGCGCCGGCUGGGCAGAAGUCGACGCCCGGACACCACAAAUCGGCCAAGAAAGCGGCGAGGAGGAGGCCUCGUUGCAGCUAACGGCCGGUCCGCUCGCAUCCCGUUAACUCUUGUCGACGUUCAACGUGGUGACAGUGACUAUCGCCAUGGCGACAUGUUUAUAAUCGAUCAACCUUUUGACCACCCGAACAAAUACUUCUUAUGCACUGUGACCGGUUGGAUGGGCUGUGACACGGACGGCUAGCCAGGUGGCCACCGGCCGUCGGCCAGGUGGGCCCCAGCACAAAUGUCCCCAAAUGCACUGAGUUCAUGUUGAAGGUAGCAAUAUAUGGGCAAAGUAUAUCUCAUUAACAGAGGGGCCACACAAGCGAGGUGAUGAUACGAGUUGUAUAUAUAAAUCACUUUUAAGGAUGUUAUUGUUCUGCAUGUUUGUCUGAAACGUUUAUGGGGGUUUUGCAUAGAGAAAAAAUAAAACAGAUUUUGAGUAAAA